CCAGCUCCGGUGUGGCAGCUUGAGAAGUGAUGGAAGCCGCAGGGUAGAGGGGAAGAAAGACAAGCUGGGAGGCAAGAGAGACAGGUGGCUGAUGCAGGACUUGCUCGAUUUUCUACAUCCCAUUUAACCAUAAACAGACCUGAGAGCUGGAGGCGUGGUUGAGUGUAGAGUCCUGAAACCAGCUAAACCCAUCGCUCCAACAGACUCCAUGCUUCUUUCUCACUGGCUUUAAAUUUGGUGUGAAGGAUUCUCUUCACUGUGUAUGGACAGAAAACCAAUGCGUAGGUGUCUCAGUACUCGUCCAGGUGAGACUGGUAUGGAUGUGACGAGCCGUUGCACCCUAGGUGACCCAAAUAAACUUCCUGAAGGGGUCCCGCAGCCGGCCCGCAUGCCUUAUGUCUCCGACAAGCAUCCACGGCAGACCCUGGAGGUCAUCAACCUGUUGCGAAAGCACCGUGAGCUCUGUGAUGUGGUACUUGUGGUGGGAGCUAAGAAGAUCUAUGCCCACAGGGUCAUCCUGUCAGCUUGUAGCCCUUACUUUCGGGCGAUGUUUACAGGGGAAUUGGCAGAGAGUCGCCAAACAGAAGUAGUUAUACGGGACAUUGAUGAGAGAGCCAUGGAACUUCUGAUUGACUUUUCCUACACCUCACAGAUCACUGUAGAAGAGGGCAAUGUGCAAACCUUGUUGCCGGCCGCCUGUCUUCUCCAGCUUGCAGAGAUUCAAGAGGCCUGUUGUGAAUUUCUCAAGAGACAGCUUGAUCCAUCUAACUGCUUGGGCAUCCGGGCUUUCGCUGACACUCACUCAUGCAGAGAGCUGUUGAGAAUUGCAGACAAAUUCACACAACAUAACUUCCAAGAGGUGAUGGAAAGUGAGGAGUUCAUGCUCCUUCCAGCAAACCAGUUGAUAGAUAUAAUAUCCAGUGAUGAGCUGAACGUACGUAGUGAAGAGCAGGUUUUCAAUGCGGUUAUGGCAUGGGUCAAAUACAGCAUUCAGGAGAGAAGGCCACAGCUGCCGCAGGUACUUCAGCAUGUUCGGUUACCUCUGUUGAGUCCAAAAUUCUUAGUGGGAACAGUAGGAUCUGAUCCUCUGAUCAAAAGUGAUGAGGAGUGCAGAGACUUAGUGGAUGAAGCCAAGAACUACCUUCUGCUUCCUCAAGAGAGACCUCUUAUGCAAGGACCCAGAACACGACCUCGAAAGCCAAUACGUUGUGGGGAGGUACUUUUUGCAGUUGGUGGCUGGUGCAGUGGAGAUGCCAUUUCUAGUGUGGAACGCUAUGACCCACAGACCAAUGAAUGGAGGAUGGUGGCAUCUAUGAGCAAACGACGCUGCGGGGUUGGGGUUAGUGUCUUAGAUGAUCUUCUGUAUGCCGUUGGUGGCCAUGAUGGAUCGUCAUACCUCAACAGUGUUGAAAGAUAUGACCCAAAGACCAAUCAGUGGAGCAGUGAUGUGGCUCCUACGAGCACUUGCAGGACAAGCGUUGGUGUUGCUGUUCUCGGGGGAUAUCUUUAUGCGGUUGGAGGCCAAGAUGGUGUCUCCUGUCUUAAUAUUGUGGAAAGGUAUGACCCAAAGGAAAAUAAGUGGACACGAGUAGCUUCCAUGAGUACAAGGAGGCUUGGUGUAGCUGUUGCAGUACUCGGCGGGUUCCUGUAUGCUGUUGGGGGUUCCGAUGGAACGUCUCCUUUAAAUACAGUGGAACGGUAUAACCCCCAGGAGAACCGCUGGCACACAAUAGCACCCAUGGGCACAAGAAGGAAGCACCUUGGCUGUGCAGUAUAUCAGGAUAUGAUCUAUGCAGUGGGAGGAAGAGAUGACACUACAGAACUCAGCAGUGCUGAGCGAUAUAACCCUAGAACCAACCAAUGGUCACCAGUAGUUGCCAUGACAUCUCGGCGAAGUGGGGUCGGCCUUGCUGUUGUAAACGGACAACUAAUGGCAGUAGGAGGUUUUGACGGGACAACCUAUUUAAAGACGAUAGAAGUGUUUGAUCCAGAUGCAAACACAUGGCGGUUAUAUGGAGGCAUGAACUACCGUCGUCUUGGGGGCGGAGUUGGCGUUAUCAAAAUGACGCACUGCGAGUCGCACAUCUGGUGAACCAACCAAGGAACUGCAAUUACUGUCCAUGCCACUGUCCGAGGUUUAACCAGAGACCUCAAUCUCCACAGAAACCAGAAACAAAAUCAAGCUUUGUAUUCUUCUGUUACACCCAUGAACCAUGAAGAGAACUCAAUGUGUUUAAUAUUUUUACAUUAUUUUGUUCUUCUGGUAUUUUUUUUUUUUAUGUGCAAAUAUUUUUUUUUAGAAAGAAAAAAGAUUUUAUUUUUUUUCUUAAAAUAAAAAAAAGCAGUUCUGCACAUUGCUAAGUUAUACUGGGUAGUUCUCGUUGGCAUUGGUGCAUUACCCAGAACUUGUUUACAUGAUUAUUUUAAUUUGUCUCUCCUGGAGCUUUAUAUGUUUUAAUAUAUAAAGACUUCUUCUCCUGGUUCCAUGCAGCAAGUAAUUAAAUGUGAAGUUUUCAGUGAAGGAUUUCUUCAAUAAAAGAAUUUCAAUAAACCUUAAGAACUAAAUAAUGGAAUCUUCCAAGAAGAUGGAUAGAAUCUAGUAUUUUCCUUUUGAACAUGAAGACCAUGAGUUUGGGUGAUGUAACCCAACAUCUAAGUAGACAUCAGUCAUCCAAGUGCUCUUGUGACAACUCGAUGGCCUCAUUUUAAAGCAAAAAUCUUUCAAAACCUUUUCAAAUGGGCCAACAGAAUAACUGGACCAUUGUAUGGGGAAGAUCGGAGCUUUUCAUUUAAGCGGAUGCUUCAGGUAUAGGCUUUUGCAAAGUCAUUUGAACUACAACCACUCCCUAUUUUUCUUGUGCCUAUACUUAUUCGUACAACAUACAUGCCCGUCACCACCAUGAGUAGAACCUUUUCUGACAUGCUUAUAUAAUAUUAUGCAAAGAUCUUUGAAUUUAUCACAGGUAAUGAAUAAUAUAGUUUUUUUUUCUUCAAAUUGACAACAAAGUUAUGACUCGUCACAAGGGACAUAAAAAUGUCAUCAUGUUUGCUGCUUAAAGUAAACCCUACCUGGAAAUAUUAUUCUAAGGGCCUGAGGUUUUUGUAUUUGUAUUUUAACAACUAAUGGCAAAAAAAGAACAAUAUAACAAAACGACAUGCAAAUGAGACACAUUAUUGUAACAUUAAAGGGACAUGCAAACAAUAUUUUUUUCUUUUAUAGCUUAGAGCAUACAAUUUGAAACAACUUUCCAAUUUACAUGUAUUUUCAAAUUUGCUUCAUUCUCUUGGUAUCGUUUGUUGAAGGGGCAUCAAUGCACUACUGGGAGCUAGCUGAACGCAUCAGGUUAGCCACUGAAAAUAGGUAUAUAUGUGUGCAGCCACCAAUCAAAAGCUACCUCCCAGUAGUGCAUUGCUGCCCCUUAGCCUAUUUAAGUAUACUUUUCAAGCAAAAUUAGAUAAUAGAAGUAAAAUAGAAAGGUGUUUAAAAGUGUAUGUUCUACCUGAAUCGUUAAAGGGGGGUUGUGUCACUUUAAGAUAGUUAAAACUGUGUUCCUUAAAAGAUCCAUUUUUUUAAGUGAUCAUAAAAAUUGACAGUUUCAUUUAAAGGGACAUGGAAAUUAAAAUUAUUUCACGAUUCAAAUAGAGCAUACAACUAAAAAAAAAGUGUUCCUAUUUGCUUUUAUUAUCAAUUUUUACUUUUUUCCUCUUAGUAGCCUUUGUUGAAGCUUGGCUCCUUCCCAUGAGGGCAUAUCUAGGUAGCCUGACGGGUAUGUCUUGAGAACUAUAUGCCAACAGUGUUUACAACAAUGAUUGUAACAAUGUUAUACAUUGUUGCAGACGCCACUGCCACAUAACACACAAGGCGCUUUUUUAUAGUGGUUGUCUGAAUGAGACAUUACUAUUUACUCUUUGGUCCUUUCAAACCAAUUUACAUAGAUAAGAUACUAUCAGUUCCAUUUAGUGCUAUCAUCUAAAUGCAUGCAGAUUGCUCUAUUCAUACUUCUCAAGUCUAAGUGCCUGGAUAGAUAUGGAGGAUACUUUUUUUUUUUUUUUUUAAAUGUUGUAUAUAAUGUGCCCUGCAGGUUGUAUGCCUAAAUGUUUUAUAAUUAAUAUCAAAUGUUUUUAAGCUGAAAAUUGCUUAAAGUGACAUUGAACUCUAAGAUUGUAAUAUAAAACGAUAAAUUAUAUAUAUAUACUCUGCAA